UUUGCUUCUUCACUCAUUCAGAAGUCUUGCUUGUUAAAGGUUAGGAGUCCACCUUGCGGCACAUUUGGAGCAAGUGAGCUUGUUAAUUUACAUCAAGUUAAAUAAAGUCACAUUUGUUUUUUCACAAAUCUGUUGUAACAAAUCAAAAGCAGCAGCACUAUGUUCCGCUUACCAGUUUCACUUGCACGCACCACCAUCAGCCGCCAGAUGGCGCUGCAUCGCACCUACGCGAAGGACGUGAAGUUCGGACCCGAAGUGCGCGCAAUGAUGUUACAGGGUGUCGAUGUUUUGGCCGACGCCGUUGCGGUCACCAUGGGACCGAAGGGUCGCAAUGUGAUAAUCGAGCAGUCGUGGGGUUCCCCCAAGAUCACCAAGGAUGGCGUGACAGUGGCCAAAUCGAUUGAGCUGAAGGAUAAAUUCCAAAAUAUUGGCGCCAAGUUGGUACAGGAUGUGGCGAACAAUACGAACGAGGAGGCCGGAGAUGGCACCACCACGGCCACUGUGCUGGCUCGUGCGAUUGCCAAGGAGGGAUUCGAGAAGAUCUCCAAGGGUGCCAAUCCCGUCGAGAUUCGUCGUGGCGUCAUGCUGGCCGUCGAGACAGUCAAGGAUAAUCUCAAGGCCAUGUCGAGACCCGUCAAAACCCCCGAGGAAAUUGCCCAGGUGGCCACCAUUUCGGCAAAUGGAGAUCAGGCUAUAGGUAAACUGAUCAGUGAUGCCAUGAAAAAGGUGGGACGCGAUGGUGUCAUCACUGUCAAGGAUGGCAAGACACUGAUUGAUGAGCUGGAGGUGAUUGAGGGCAUGAAAUUCGAUCGUGGCUACAUUUCGCCCUAUUUCAUCAACUCCUCCAAAGGAGCCAAAGUGGAAUUCCAAGAUGCUUUAUUGCUGCUGUCCGAGAAGAAGAUUAGCUCGGUGCAGAGCAUCAUUCCAGCUCUGGAGUUGGCCAAUGCUCAGCGUAAACCUCUGGUUAUCAUUGCCGAGGAUAUUGAUGGUGAGGCAUUGAGCACGCUGGUCGUGAAUCGCCUCAAGAUUGGUCUCCAAGUGGCUGCAGUUAAAGCUCCUGGUUUUGGUGAUAAUCGCAAGUCGACCCUAACUGAUAUGGCCAUUGCCUCUGGUGGCAUUGUGUUCGGUGAUGAUGCCGAUCUAGUCAAGCUGGAGGAUGUCAAGAUCAGCGAUUUGGGUCAAGUGGGUGAGGUGGUCAUCACCAAGGAUGACACACUCCUGCUCAAGGGCAAGGGCAAAAAGGAUGAUGUGCAGCGUCGUGUUGAUCAGAUCAAGGAACAGAUCACCGAUACCACAUCCGAGUACGAGAAGGAGAAGCUCCAGGAGCGUCUGGCUCGUCUCGCUUCCGGCGUUGCUCUGCUCCGCGUCGGCGGCUCCUCCGAGGUGGAGGUCAAUGAGAAGAAGGAUCGCGUCCAUGACGCUCUCAACGCCACUCGUGCUGCCGUCGAAGAAGGCAUCGUUCCCGGCGGUGGUACCGCUCUCCUGCGCUGCAUCGAGAAACUCGAUGGAGUUGCCACUCAGAACGAGGAUCAGAACCUUGGAGUGGAUAUUGUGCGUCGUGCUCUCCGCAUGCCUUGCAUGACAAUCGCCAAGAAUGCAGGCGUCGAUGGGGCCAUGGUUGUGGCCAAGGUGGAGACCCAGACGGGUGAUUAUGGCUAUGAUGCACUCAAGGGUGAAUACGGCAAUCUGAUUGAGAAGGGCAUCAUUGAUCCCACCAAAGUGGUGCGCACAGCGAUCACAGAUGCCGCUGGUGUUGCCUCGCUGCUGACCACCGCCGAGGCUGUCGUCACGGAGAUUCCCAAGGAGGAUGGUGCUCCUGGCAUGCCCGGCAUGGGCGGCAUGGGAGGAAUGGGAGGCAUGGGCGGUAUGGGUGGCAUGAUGUAAACACAUCUCCACUUCACUCCCAAUCCCCUCAUCAUAUAUAUGUUUAAGCCCACGGAUGCACUACGUUCGAGUAUGGAAACUGGUUGGGAUUGGAUGGGAUUACAGCACAUUUUGGUAGCGAAUUCUAGCCACAUUUCUCUUCCGUUUCCGGUGCUGUCCAGCUGCAAAUCUUCACACACACAUUUAAACACGCAUUGGCAGCUCUAGAGAUUUCUCUUAGAGUUGUCGCGGUUUUGUUGAGCAUUUAAUUCCUAUUUCUGAACAAUUUCACACACACACACCCACACAUUUUUUGCCGCUGGCUGCAAAAUUCGCCUCCUUGGUUGCCAAAUCUGCUGCCAAUCCUCUCCAGCUCCUUCUUCUCCUGCUUCUCCUCCGCCAUUCUUUCAUACGCUGACGUUUCUGCAUCGUGUUCAACGUUUCUUUUUUUUAACUAUU